AUGGAGAGCAAUGAUGAUGACCAUCAUCCUAAUUGUCUAGAAGUCAUAUACGAUGCAACGUUAGUUGUAUGCAAUACACAACAAUGCACAUCUAUCACUCAGUCAUCUGAUGAGGAUGUUAACCUUAUGUGUAGCACAUCUGGAACUGGAUAUACACAAAUCAAUUGUCAGAAAACACCUACAGAAACAUAUGCAAGAGCUUUCUCUGUUGAUGAAGCUAAGUUGACUCGUGAAGUUGAACAGAGUUUUAUAGAUAAACGAUCUAAAAGACAACGACGACGACAUAAUAUGUAUGAAAGUAAUUCUCCAAACAUACAUAAUAGGGAUCAUAAUCAACUUAUAGGCCAUACUUCCUCAAACCUGUCCAGCAGAUGUUCAUCAUCCCAUACAUCAUACAAAUCUAAACGUGUAAAAAGUCUAUUGCCAAAUGAAGGACUUUUGAAUGACAUUCUCAACGUCGGGCCCCCAAAAUUCACUUGUCCUCACUGUAAGACAAUGCUUUGGUAUGACGAAAGAGCUGAAAAGUCUAAGAAACAUAAGAAGCCCACAUUCCCACUAUGUUGUCGUAAAGGGAAAGUAAAAUUCCCGCUUCUUCAACAACCUCCAGAAUUCCUUAAACUACUCUUAUCACCAUCUGGAGGAGCACGUUCUACAAAUUUCAAACAAAAUAUAAGGAUGUACAACUCUUUGUUUUCAUUCACCUCGACUGGAGGAAGAGUUGAUAAUACUUAUAAUAAUGGAGGGGGUCCAUAUUGUUAUCGCUUGAAUGGUCAAAAUCAUCAUAAGAUAGGUUCUCUAAAACCUAUACCGGGUGAAAAUCCAAAAUAUUGUCAACUAUACAUAUACGAUACUGAUCACGAGAUAUUCAACAGAAUGGCAGCAAUUAAUGGUACUGAUAAAUUAGAUGAUGCUAUUGUAAGCGGUCUACUUACAAUGUUAGAUCAGUGCAAUGUGUUGGUACAAAGUUUUCGUAUGGUGCGAGACCGAGUCAAGGAAAAUGAGUUACUGACAGUACAAUUGAUAAUUAAAUCCUUACGCAGCGGUGAUGGAAGAAUGCAGAAUAUGCCAACUGUGUCAGAGAUUGCAGGUUUAAUUGUGGGAGACAUUGAUGAAACAAUAGCAGUGCGGGAUAUUGUUGUUUAUGAUUGCAAAUUGGGGUUGUCUAGAAUUAGUGAUCUUCACCCAAGUUUUAUGGCCAUGCAAUAUCCUUUACUAUUCCCGUAUGGUGAAGAUGGAUUUCGACUUGGCGUUCCAUUGGUAGGAGAGUCUACUAAUUCAAAUUUGAAGAGAAAAGAAGUCACUAUGAUGGAAUAUGCGGCAUUUAGGACCCAACAAAGGUGUGAUGAAGGACAUACAUUGACUCUGUCAGGGAAACUAUUACAGACUUACAUUGUAGAUAUGUUUACUUGUAUUGAAGAAGAUAGAUUGCUAUGGGUCAGACUAAAUCAAACAAAACUUAGAGCGGAGCUGUAUUAUGGCAUUAAAGAUGCAAUAUUCAGAGGUGAUACAUAUAGAGCACAAGUUGGGAAGAGAAUUAUCUUGCCUUCAUCGUUUACUGGAGGUAAUCGAUAUAUGACACAAAAUUAUCAAGAUGCAAUUGCUUUGUGUCGUGUUUUAGGAAAUCCGGAUUUGUUCAUCACAAUUACUGCAAAUCCAAAAUGGCAAGAGAUUAAAUAUGCAUUGGACGAGAUAGGGGGCCAAAGGCCAGAUGAGAGACCAGAUAUAGUUGCAAGAGUUUUUAAAAUAAAGUUUGAUCUAUUGAUGGAAGACUUGCAAGCUGCAGCCGUAUACACUGUUGAAUUUCAGAAAAGAGGAUUGUCACAUGCACAUAUCUUGCUAUGGUUGCAUCCUAAUAGCAAAUAUCCAGAUUCGAAUGAUAUUAAUAAGAUAAUCAGUGCUGAGAUUCCGGAUAGAGAAACUGAUCCAGUAGGAUAUGCGGCGGUUGGGCAAUAUAUGAUGCAUGGUCCCUGUGGCAUAUUUAAUACAAUCUCCCCAUGUAUGAGAGAGGGAAAUUGUUCAAAACACUUUCCAAAGAAGUAUGUCAAUGAGACUGUAAUUGAUGAGUCGGGUUUUGCUGUAUACCGGCGAAGGAAUGAUUAUAAUAGAUGGGUAGAUAAAAAUGGUACAAAGUUGGACAAUGCUUAUGUCGUACCUUAUAAUCGGUACCUUAUUGUUAAAUAUCAAUCUCACAUUAAUGUUGAAUGGUGUAAUCGCGGACAUACUCAGAAUUUCCUUCACAUUUUGUUUGGUUAUCUGAUGAGAAACGAUGGAAAAUCAGAGAAAAAGGUCGUAGUAUUGGCAGGGUUGUUUAUUCUCAUCCAACUUCAGGGGAGAGAUUUUACCUCAAGUUGCUUCUAA